GCUGCUGUAGGAGCGUCUGUUCAGCUGGUGAGGCAGCGCCAGCUCGCUUUGUGCGUCCUCGGUUACCCACCUGUGCCGCGGACGGUUGCUGAUGGAGCAGACCUUGCGUUACAUGGAAUAAUUUGUGCUGGUACAUUUUUUUUCUUCUCCUAUCCGGAUUAGCUUCUUUUUUUUGCAGCAGCAGCAGCAUUGGUCCACCUAAAGUUGUGAUGAUGCCUCCGCUCAGCAUUUGGGAUUGGUAAAUAGCCUUCUGCGCGAGGGUGAUACAUCAUUCGCAUGUGAUUGAACAAUACUGUCUCUCGGAAGUGGACAAAACAUGGACUAAUUUUUUUUUUUUAUGCAUUCACCAUGGGAUUAUUACAGCUAUUUCUGGUUCUCGGCAUAAUUUGCGCCUCCUCAGUUGUAGGUUUUGGGGUUGACCCUGCCCUGCGCAUCAGCGUGUUCGAUGAACUAACGCUUGGAGAAGGCUUUGAUGGAGUUACUCAGGUCCAGGGCUUCCACAGCGAGUCUAGAGCUUUCCACUUCCAAGGGUCAUCCAGGGAAGUGAUGGCUCCUGUUGAGGUCUCAGAGCAAAUGGUCCAGAAGCUGAGAGGCAAGAAUGAGUUUACUGUUCUGGUGACCCUUAAACAAGAUCACCUCAACUCUGGGGUCAUCCUCUCCAUUCAUCACUCUGAGCACAGGUUCCUGGAGCUGGAGAGCAGUGGCCAGCGCAGUGAGGUGCGUCUUCACUAUCGUACCAAAGGCCAGCAGGCCCAUACUGAGGUGUUCCCUUACAGCCUGGCUGAUGACCAGUGGCACAAAGUCUCUGUGGCCGUCAGUGCCUCUCAUGUCAUACUACAUGUCGACUGCAACAGGAUCUAUGAACGGGUUGUGGAAGCCCCCUACAUGGACAUACCUGAAGAUGCUUCUUUCUGGCUUGGACAGAGAAACGCUGCUCAUGGCUUCUUCAAGGGAGUGAUGCAGGACGUGGAGAUCCUGGUGAUGCCACAGGGUUACAUCUCACAGUGUCCAGAUCUGAACAGAAAAUGGCACAGUGCAAUGUGAGGCCAUCUCCUGCCCUCCCCCUCAGUGCCCAACGGGCACAGUGCCUGCCUACGUACAGGGUGCUUGCUGCAAGGAGUGCCAGCCUGUCUGCCUGUUUGGUGGAAGAGAGCUGGUGGAGGGGGAUCAGAAGGCUGUGCGCGACUCUUCUGGCAGGUGCCUGCUGUUUGAAUGCAGGGACAGGACCAUGCAUCGAGUGGUCCCCAGUGAGCCUUGUCCCGAACUCAACUGUGCCGAGUCGGAGCAGAUUGCUUUGAGUGACAGAUGCUGCAAAGUCUGCAGAGGUCAUGACUUCUGCUCAGAGGGCCACGGCUGCGUGGAGCACUCCGACUGUGUGAACCUGGAGGCAGGAGACUGCUGUGUUUGUAAGGAUGGCUUCCGCCCACUGCGAGACGAUAACGCCUACUGUGAAGAUAUUGAUGAGUGCGCUGAGGGGAAGCACUACUGCAGGGAGAACACCAUGUGCGUUAACACCCCUGGCUCCUUCAUGUGCAUCUGCCAUACGGGUUACAUCAGGAUCGAUGACUAUUCCUGCACAGAGCAUGAUGAGUGCCUCAGCGGGCUCCACAACUGCGAUGAGAAUGCCCUGUGCUUUAAUAUGGUUGGAGGCCACAGCUGCUCCUGUAAGCCGGGCUACACUGGCAAUGGGACAGUCUGCAAAGCUAUGUGUGACGGAUUGUGCCAGAAUGGAGGAACCUGCGUCUCACCUAACAACUGCGUUUGCCAGCAAGGAUUUACUGGGAAAAGAUGCGAGACAGAUAUUGAUGAGUGUGCGGACGGCUUUGUCGAGUGUGAUACUAAAUCUACUUGUGUCAACUUGCCCGGCUGGUACCACUGUGAGUGCCGUGAUGGCUACCAUGACAACGGCUUAUUUUCUGCCAAUGGGGAAUCUUGUGUAGAUAUUAAUGAAUGCAAGACGGGGAGGAACACCUGUGCCAAUGACACAGUGUGCUUCAACCUGGAGGGAGGCUAUGACUGCCGGUGCCCCCACGGGCACAACUGCACCGGAGACUGUAUCCAUGACAACAAGGUCAAGCACAGUGGGCAGAUCUGGGUGCUGGACAGUGAUAGGUGCUCUGUGUGCUCCUGUCAGGCUGGCCAGGUGAUGUGCCGCAGGAUGGUUUGCGACUGCGACAACCCCAACGCCGACCUGUUCUGCUGCCCCGAGUGCGACCCUCGACUGAGCAGCCAGUGUCUGCACCAGAACGGCCUGCUCACCUACGGCAGCGGGGACACAUGGGUGGAGAACUGCCAGCAGUGCCAGUGCCUGCAGGGGCAGGUGGACUGCUGGCCUCUGCCGUGCCCGCCUGUGGACUGCGAGUUUACCGUGGUGCCUGAGGGCGAGUGCUGUCCCCGCUGUGUCACCGACCCCUGCCAGGCCGACACCAUCCGCAACGACAUCACCAAGACGUGCACAGACGAGCACAACAUCUCACGCUUCAGUGGCUCCUCCUGGAUUAAACAUGGUACCGAGUGCACCCUGUGCCAGUGCAAGAAUGGACACAUCUGUUGCUCAGUGGACCCCAUGUGCCUUUAGUCCUGGCAGAUCUGAAGGCACCUGUACAGUGUUCUCCAUGUAAAAAAAAAGUAACACCACCCCAAUGUCUCCUCACCAUCCUCCUCACAGGCGUGGGUCAAAUAGUGUUUGCAUUGUUAGGAUUUGUUUUAGCCUGCUGAACCAGAUGGAUGGGGGUUACUGAUCAGGAUACAGUGUCACAUUGUCAAAUACAAACAAUUGUGCAAAUUUAACCUUCAGGUACUUUCUGCUGAUUUCUAGCUCUUAUUGUAUGUUCGACGUGGUAAACCACACCCAUCUAGUACCUCAUGCACGUUAAGUGUUUCGCAAAUACUCUGUGACCCCCGUCUGCCUCCUCAACUCCUCUUUAUACCAAAUGCAAACCUAUGUCAUACCAAACAGAUGGACUACAGUUCCCUCGAACCCACUCUUUGUUCUGUCUCACCACUUAGAGUGAACCUUUAAGGAUCACCAUUCCCCACUCCGAACCAUCGCUAUAUAAUUCUGUAAGAUAUUACUAUUACUGGCAUGACUGUGCUUGAUGUCCAAACAUUUUUGCUGAUUUCUAAAUCCUCAGUGAUGAUGAUGAUACCUUAGAUAGAGUAAAGGCAGUUAGCAUAAGGUUCCGUUGCCACAUUUAUGAGUCGUCUAUAUUAUGUGGUGCUUUGUAGCAUUUUGUUCCAUUUCUCUUUUUUGUAAUUUUUUUUUUCCAAGCUUGU